GCAAAAUAUACAUAUUUGGACGACCGGCAAGGCUAUCCUUCACUUUUUUGUGUGCUUAAACCGAAGUAUGGAGGUGUUAUCAUUUUUGUUGCCUGUUUGGGAAGAGAUACAAAGAAGCAAACUCUUCACUAAUUACUUCAUUUCUCUCCUUUUCCUCCUUUUACUUCUCUUCCUUUCUCUUCGCUUCACAUUUUUUCUCGCUGGACCACAAACCAAACUCAAAUUACUUCCAUCCCCACCAAAGCUACCCAUUAUUGGAAACCUUCACCAGCUAUCCAACCUUCCUCACCGAUCUCUGCAGGCACUCUCUCAGAAAUAUGGUCCUCUAAUCCUCAUAAACUUGGGCUACACUCCAACUCUCCUCGUUUCUUCUGCAGAGAUGGCUAAAGAAAUAACCAAGAUCCAUGAUAUCGUUUUCUCAGAUCGGCCCAAAACCGUGGCUACUGAUAUUUUCUUUUAUGGAUGUUCGGACUUUGCUUUUUCAGCAUACAGUAAGUACUGGAGGGAAGCUAGGAAAAUAUGUGUUCUCGAACUUUUGGGCUUGAAAAGCGUGCAAUCUUUCGGAUUUAUCAGGGAAGAAGAAACUGCAGGAUUAGUUCGCGAAUUACGCAAUGCGAGCUCAAGUGGGUUUACGGUGAACCUAGGCCAGAUGCUGAGUGCAACUUCAAGUAACAUACUUGCGAGAUGUAUUCUUGGGCAGAAAUGCCAAGAACACGGAACUAGAAGCCCGUUUGGAGAGCUCUCCAGAAGGGUUACGUUCCACCUAACAUCUUUCAAAUUUGGAGAUUACUUCCCUUAUUUGAAGUGGAUGGACGUAGUCACUGGCAUGGCUUCAAGCCUCAAGGCAACUUUCAGAGAAUUAGACCUUCUUCUUGAAAAGAUAAUUGAAGAUCAUAAGGCUGCUUUGAGUGGCAAGGAUGAACAAUCCUCUGAUCACAAGGACAUAGUGGAUAUUCUCCUCCAGGUUCAAAAAGAUGGCGUUCAUGACAUUGAACUUACUAAUGACAACAUCAAAGCCAUUUUAAUGGAUCUGUUUGCGGGAGGAAGUGAUUCUGUCUCAGCAACAAUGGAAUGGGCAAUGGCAGAGCUUAUGAGAAAUGAAAAUAUGAUGAAGAAAGCGCAAGAAGAGGUAAGAAGGGUGGUACGGGAAAAAUCAAGCAUAGAUGUGAAUGAUAUUAAUCAAAUGGAUUACUUAAAAUGUGUGGUCAAAGAAACUCUAAGGCUACAUCCAGCGGGUCCGCUGAAUUUUAGAGAAACAAGAGAAAGUUUGAAAUUGGGAGGCUAUGAUAUUCCUCCAAAAACCAAAGUAAUUUUAAAUAUAUGGGCAAUCCAAAUGGAUCCUAAUUUUUGGGAUAAACCAGAAGAGUUUGUCCCUGAGAGAUUUCAGAACAACCAAGUUGAUUUCAAAGGCCAAGAUUUUCAAUUCAUUCCAUUUGGUUCUGGAAGAAGAGGAUGUCCUGGUAUGACAUUUGCGGUGUUCCAAGUUGAGUAUGUGAUAGCCAAUCUUUUAUAUUGGUUUGAUUGGAAGCUGCCUUAUGAGAAUAAUGGAAUGCCAAAGAACUUGGACAUGACUGAAACUGCAGGGCUCGUUACGCGUUUGAAAAACCCUCUUGUUGCAGUACCAAUACCAAUUAACUAAUGAUGCCAGUUAUGUGUGUUAGUCUAUUUAUAUGUAUAAAUAAAGACAGAAAUCUUUUACUGUUUUUUUUUUUUAUUUCCAUCCUGUCUAUUAUUAACAUGAUGCCAUAUAAUUUGAGACAGGAAGGAAAAAAAAAAAAAAAAACAAAAGAUUUCAUCAUAAAAUGAAACUAAAUAUGAAUAAUACCACUCAUUGUAAAUGAUGGUUUACUAUUUAAAGUGUGAUUUAUAUAGUAUUUGAGCUUGCUGUGAUUGAAGGAUUAUAGGUGAAGUUAAUGGGCUUAUCAUACUCGUGCAUAUUCACCACAUGAGAACCAAUUGGAUGGUUGUCCAGUAGUGCUGCUCCAGACUGUAACUUGAGUUUGCCUAAGUAUAAUUUCAGCUAUUAAAAAAAAAAAAAAAAUGUUUGCCAAAAUAUAAAAAAAUUCAAUUGUAUUAGAUAUAUGGUCAAAACUUAAGUUUAUUUUAUUUUAUUUUAUUUUUUUCUUUUGCUUUUUCAUCA